AUGGCAUAUUUUAGUGCUCAYUUUUUUGGAGCCAAAGGAUUCCAUAACAGGAAACAAUCGAAGAGUGAACGUCAAAGACAACGGUUAUUGAGGGAGAAUUUUACUGAAGAAAAUCGAGAGAGUGAACGUCAAAGACAACGGUUAUUGAGGGAGAAUUUUACUGAAGAAAAUCGAGAGAGUGAACGUCAAAGACAACGGUUAUUGAGGGAGAAUUUUACUGAAGAAAAUCGAGAGAGUGAACGUCAAAGACAACGGUUAUUGAGGGAGAAUUUUACUGAAGAAAAUCGAGAGAGUGAACGUCAAAGACAACGGUUAUUGAGGGAGAAUUUUACUGAAGAAAAUCGAGAGAGUGAACGUCAAAGACAACGGUUAUUGAGGGAGAAUUUUACUGAAGAAAAUCGAGAGAGUGAACGUCAAAGACAACGGUUAUUGAGGGAGAAUUUUACUGAAGAAAAUCGAGAGAGUGAACGUCAAAGACAACGGUUAUUGAGGGAGAAUUUUACUGAAGAAAAUCGAGAGAGUGAACGUCAAAGACAACGGUUAUUGAGGGAGAAUUUUACUGAAGAAAAUCGAGAGAGUGAACGUCAAAGACAACGGUUAUUGAGGGAGAAUUUUACUGAAGAAAAUCGAGAGAGUGAACGUCAAAGACAACGGUUAUUGAGGGAGAAUUUUACUGAAGAAAAUCGAGAGAGUGAACGUCAAAGACAACGGUUAUUGAGGGAGAAUUUUACUGAAGAAAAUCGAGAGAGUGAACGUCAAAGACAACGGUUAUUGAGGGAGAAUUUUACUGAAGAAAAUCGAGAGAGUGAACGUCAAAGACAACGGUUAUUGAGGGAGAAUUUUACUGAAGAAAAUCGAGAGAGUGAACGUCAAAGACAACGGUUAUUGAGGGAGAAUUUUACUGAAGAAAAUCGAGAGAGUGAACGUCAAAGACAACGGUUAUUGAGGGAGAAUUUUACUGAAGAAAAUCGAGAGAGUGAACGUCAAAGACAACGGUUAUUGAGGGAGAAUUUUACUGAAGAAAAUCGAGAGAGUGAACGUCAAAGACAACGGUUAUUGAGGGAGAAUUUUACUGAAGAAAAUCGAGAGAGUGAACGUCAAAGACAACGGUUAUUGAGGGAGAAUUUUACUGAAGAAAAUCGAGAGAGUGAACGUCAAAGACAACGGUUAUUGAGGGAGAAUUUUACUGAAGAAAAUCGAGAGAGUGAACGUCAAAGACAACGGUUAUUGAGGGAGAAUUUUACUGAAGAAAACCGAGAAUCUGAACGUCAAAGAAAAAGGGUUUCUAGAGAGAAGUUUACAGAGGAAACUAGAGAACGUGAGCGUCAGAAAAAAAGAGACUGGCGAGAAAAAUUAUCAGAAUUGGAAAAGGAGAAAGAUUGUACUGAAAGGAAAAGGAGAAAAACGUCAGGUAAGAAAACUAUAAGAUGACAUGAUAUGCAGCUUAAUAUAACUUAUAGUUAGUUUUUUUAGCAAAUAAGCUUAAGUAUCGAGGGAAAGCUUGCG